UCGUGCGAUGUGAGAUCGGACAUGGCAUCGUACGCUGAUUUCUUAGUAGAAUAGUUGAGCGGGGAAGUUUGGUCGACUUUUAAGAAGAUUCGUCGCAACUUUUUAAACCAGUCUGCGCCACUGAGGACAAACGUGUUUAGUAGCUGUGUUGAGUUACAGUGUUACCAGGAUCGACGUAUAACAAAGUUACCGCAAUGGUCAGCAUCUCUACCGAGUUCACUGACAGUUUGCUAGAGGACGCCCGCUUCCGAAACGAACGGCAGGCAGCGGCUCGCCGAGGAGCAGCAAACUACAAGAACCUUGAGUCUUUAGCCCAGGAAUUCUGGCAAUCCCAGGAACCACGAAUGCCCGAUGUGUACCAUAGGAAACACGUCCUAUUGCCAAUCAACCACGACGGUUCACACAUGGACAGUCAUAUCGAGGACGUGGAAUCAAAGCGCCAGCUAGGUCGAGUUCUGCAUAAGAGUAAGGUGCGUUUCGCCGAUAAUGGGGGAUAUUCUGCUCGAUCAUCGCUGGAUUCGUGGUCGAAAUCUAAGAAAUCGGUGAGUGCAGAAGUUUUAAGGAGUUCUGUUGGCGACCCUACAAACCACUCUAAGACAACCAAAAAACUUACUGAUGAUAAGGACUGUAAAGCGAGCGCUACUUCUGCUCCCCGAGCAGAGAGGGGUUAUCAUUUAGCAGGUGAGAUAACGAGAAGUACGCGUGAUGCUAAUAUGGCUGAUAGAUUCAAUCGAAAACGGAUGAAAAUAUAUCAGAAGAAAGGGAGAUACCAAAGAAAAGACAGUCUAAGUUUAGAUUCCCAUAUUUCUUCUGACACUUUUCUUGAAUCGCCAGAGCCAUCACCAAGGGGAUUCUACAACCAACGCAGGCGAAAGAUUAACAUGCAGUUCACCAGUAACAACGGGCAAGUCACUGUGAUAGAACCAUCCGGUGAUCCUACCCAGAACCCACAAUACAUGGAGGCGGAGUUGGACAGGGAAGAGCGCGACCAGCUAGCCAAUCUGGAAUUGAUGGAUGACCUGGAGCUGGACUCAAUGAAGUUGUACCGAGAAAACACAAUUGCUGUGCUUAAACGGGUCGAUGUGAUGUUACACGGACCUGACAAACCACCAGUACUCAGCGAACUUGGGACCAGUCUGAGGGAGACGGUGAAAUCUGGAGAUUUCAACGAUUUUACAGCAUUUGACGAGGACGACAUCAGGAACCUUAAGUUACCCCCUGACGUUUAUUACCGACUAGACACGCAGAAUGGGGAUGUCCUUGUGGAUGACGCCAACGCCCUGGUGGAUUUGUUGAACGACCCAGCACUUAGUUUAAAGCUGGACGUGUACGUGAAAUGCGAGAACUGGCUUGAUAGAUGGUUCCCCUGUCAGGAAUAGACAGUGGGUCAUAUUUUCGAAUGUCAUCCGAGGGCGCACGUACUAGGUUCAUUCCCAGAUAUUCGACCAUAAGUUUCAGAAUACAUGUAUAACAAAAUCCAAUAACAAUCAUAGCUUUAAAGGGCGGCCGACCACUGCCCUUCAAGUAAGGUAAUCCCGUGUGUGUUUGACGUCAUUGCAUUUACAAGACGGCAUUUUGUAACGGACCAUGUGUGGGUUUUAGUGUCACGUGAUAUUGUGUUCCAAGUAAGUUAUCAAAUUCACUUUCCGAGUCGUUCGCCGCAAGUCGUGUAAUACUAAGGCAGACUAAAAUCGUCCUUCCAAAAUAUAUGUUAAACCAUAAAUUGUCAACUAACUGUUUUAAUUGAUGUGACCGGGCAAGAGAAGAACAAUUUAAACGUGUGCAUCGGUCGAAGAAAAUAUCGUUCCCGUCAAACCCAGCAAUCACACCGCCUGAAGUGUUGACCUCGUGACACAAACCAUGGGUCAAAACGAGUAAUUUACAUAGUAACAUAUGACUUGUAUGAGCGUGAAGAAGUCAAUGACAUGCAAAAAACGUUUCAGAUAUUUUACGUGUUUUUGUUUUGUGUACAUAUGAUUGUUUUUAAAUAAACUAAAGAAACGUUUGA